AUGCUUCUUCUUUACCAGACGGGCAGCGUCAAGAUUGGCGAGCUAGUACGAUACGAAGUAACCUAUACGCCCUCCCACGAUAGGAUUCUGCCGUCGCCAACUCAUCUCUUCUUGCGCAUCAAGAACACGUCCGCCAUCGCCCUCCGUGCCGCUUUUGUCCAUGGCCCUUAUACUCUUUAUGCCUCUGCCUACCCUGCGAACUUCAACCCGAAUGAGAAAUUCGAAAAUCCAAGGGCGUAUGGUGUGCCAGAGUUUGAACCAAAUUUGAAGGCUGGGGGGACGUUCACUACAAAGCUCGCCGUACCGGAACAUGUGAGGAAGACUGCGGGAAGUGCGGAUCGGGAUGGACACAGCGCUGGACAAGAGAGCAAAGGAGGAGAGGAGAACGUGAGCUGGAUUAUAGAGGUCAGCAGUCAGGUUAUCUUUUCUACCAGUGCUGCUGUACACUAUGAGGUGCUCCUUGGAAGGGAUGAGAAGAGUCUACAGCUAGGAUAUGUCAAUCCUCUUGUCGGAGGCACUCCCGCGCCAGUUCCUGGCCAUAUUAGCGACCAUCAACAAAGUUCUGCAGCGAAGGAUGGCCAUCAUAAUGCACAACCGAAAGGGAUAUUCAGUAAGGCGGUGAAGCUGAAGGUUGACGAUACGGCGAGUUUGUGGAACACUCCUAAAAUGCCGGAAUGGGAUGAAGAGCAUGUAGAAAAGGAGAAGCAGAAAGGGAUCCCCGUGGAAAGAGCUGCCGAUAGCGCAGAUGAUAUAAAUAAGUCGGAUAAACAUAGAGGAAAGAGACAAAAGAAAGUUCAUCUUGUUGUUUUGACCCAUGGGUUGCACAGUAAUCUUGGUGCGGAUAUGUUAUAUAUGAAAGAAAGUAUUGAUGCAUCUGCUAGACAGGCGAGGAUAGAUGCUAAAGCUCGACGAGCCAAACGAAGAGAGGAGCAGAGACAGAAAGCGGGUGAUGAUGAAGCACGGCAAAAGGUGGACGAGGACCACAAAUCAGAAGCCGAUAAGGACAAAUCCCCGGCAGAGAAGCUAGAGGAGGAUAUCGACUCAGAUGAUGAUGAAGAGGAGGUCAUAGUAAGAGGAUUUUCUGGCAAUGCUACGAGGACAGAACGGGGUAUCAAGUAUCUGGGGAAACGUCUCGCAAAAUAUGUACUUACGAUGACAUACCCGGACCAACCAUAUCGACCAGUCACAAAGAAGACUGCUGCCGAAGCUAUAUCUCAUGCGAUGAAGCCUAGUACUUCAUCACAAGGGGGGACCGCAUCAAAAGGAUCACCAAGCCAUAAAGAUAGUACUAUCCAGAAAGAACCAACCUCGGACAGCAAUUCUGCUUUUAAGUUUACCAGUAUAAGCUUUAUUGCUCACUCUCUAGGUGGACUGGUACAAACGUAUGCUGUCGCGUAUAUUCAGAAACACUCGCCAGAGUUCUUUGAUAUCAUCAAACCGAUAAAUUUCAUUGCUUUGGCAUCUCCAUUUCUUGGGUUGAGCAACGAAAACCCACUUUACGUCAAGUUUGCCCUCGAUUUCGGUCUCGUUGGAAGAACUGGGCAGGAUUUGGGCCUCACAUGGCGAGCUCCAACGAUUGCUAGAAGUGGAUGGGGUGCUAUAGUCGGUGGCAUGACUGAUAGUGCACACAAGAAGAUUGAGGGUGAAGCACCACCUGAGUCUAAGCCGCUUCUUCGAAUCCUACCGACUGGACCUGCUCAUACUGUAUUGAAGAAGUUUCGCAAUCGAACAGUGUACUCCAACGUAGUUAACGACGGCGUCGUACCGUUACGCACAAGCUGUUUAUUAUUCCUUGAUUGGCAGGGCCUUGGCCGCGUGGAAAAGGCCCGUCGAGAGAACGGUCUUGUAGGCACUAUUACAAGCUGGGGAUGGGCAGAGCUCACAGGCCAGAACACAGUAUCACCAAUGGGUCGCACAUUCUCUGAAUCCCACGACAAUCCUGUUGGUAGUGACAGUGAUACUCCGGGAACCAACACACCAACUCAGCACGGGCAUGGAGAAGACGUUCCACAGCCGCCUCCUUAUGCUACUCAGGAUGAUAACCGGAGUAUCAGGGCCGUCCGGGAAAGAUCUGGUUCUAUGAGAUCUGUCAAUAGCGACGGUGAUCCCUCACAGCCACAGCAGGAAGGUCCGUUCUCGAGUAUCGUGAAAUUCUUUCAACCCAAUACGGGAUCGAAGCCCUCUUCCAAAGUCGAAAGUCAAGGACCAAAACCAAACAAGAUAUACAAACGAAGCCAAACACUUCGAAUAGAUGACGAGUCUGGCGAAUCGGUACCAAAGAUUGCAAGGCAGCCUUCAUCGCCUAAGAGAACGCGCGGGAAAGCAACAGCUAAUCAUUCCGAUGACGAAAACUCAGGACAUAUGUCAGCACCACCAAAAACAACUUUCUUUGAGGCCGCUGGCGAUCUUCUCAAGCCACCACUCGCAACAGUUGAAUUUCUUAUCAAUCCUGAGUCACGGGCACGAACUAUCUUCCACGACCGUGUCUAUCAUCCUUCGGAUAUCCCACCUCCACCACUCAAGAAACGCCCUACGACCUCUCUGCUAACUCGCCGCUCAAGUUCGAAUAUUGCUCACUCCUCAGGUAGCUCAUCGUCUAGCGCUUUCACCCCACCUCCUCGUGCUGGAAGCAAUCUUUCAACCGCAGACUACGAUGACACCAGGAACACCAAUCCUGAAAUUGCACCCAACGAAGUCGUGGAUGGUUCCGCGAUGAAAGUCGAAGAAAAAAUUGCACGUGCUUACCACAAGGAUUUAUCAUGGCGAAAAGUGCUCGUGAGACUGGAACCAGAUGCUCAUAACAACAUGAUUGUGCGUCGUAUGUUUGCAAAUGCGUAUGGCUGGCCUGUUGUGAAGCAUCUCUGCGAUACGCACUUCAGUGAUUCGGCCGUUGCUAAAGUCCGCGAUGAGGAUGAUAGUAACGCUGAACGUGCCAAGGGCACCGAAGAGAACCCUGAUCGAGUAGGCAGAGAAACUCGGGAUGAUCCAAUUACUACUCUAAAACGACAAGACAGAACAGACUCCGAAGUGCGAGAAGCAUCAGACGAUGUACCGGAGAUGAAUCAUAGCUCUCACCCCAGAAGUCUGGGCAAAGCAAUGAAUAAAGCCCAAGCGAGCGGCAAUGAAAGCGAAGGAUGGAGCGAACGUGAUUGGGUUGAUAGCGCAGACGAUAGUGAUGAUUUCGAAGAUGACAUGGUUCCUGGACAGAAAGCUAAAAACGAUAAAGCACGAGCGUCGAGUCCGUCGGGUGCUAAGAAGGGCGGAUGGAAUUGGACGGAGGCUAUUGCGGGGAAAGGCGCGACUAGUCCUAGAGGUACGGCGCCCAAGGAGAUUGAUAGUUUUCUAGGGAAGAAUCAGGGGAGGGCUGGUGGGAGAGGUCCAGGAAGUCCUAUCAGGCAUCAGGGCGAUUUGGUGGUUGGGAGUCCGGAGGAGUUUGUGCCUGAGAUUGAGCGGGCUGGUGUUUCUGCGGCGAGUGGAGUGGCUGCUGGGGGUGAUGGGCUUCCUGUUAGAGAGGCAAGAGAUGUGGAUGUAAAGACGGCUUUGAAAUCGGGGGAAGUGGGAAGUAAGAGUCAGACAUCUGCAGAAUCAGCGUAG